ACCGCACACCAGCUUCGAUCGUCCUAGCCAGUUGUCAUGGACGAGAAAUCCGUUUUGAGAAACCGCGCGAGGAGCUUCUACAAGCUUGACCUCACCAAUAAUCUUCCUCCUGGAACCGAUAGCAUAAGUCAAUUUGAAGCUCAUCCACGACAACCAAGACCACCGGCAGAACCCAAGAGGCCGGUCCCAGAAUGGCCACCGGAGGCAGAUAGGAAAGGGAAGUGGAUAUCGGCGUAUCUCGACCAGCUCGACCCAGAAACCGAGUACGACCGCAUCAUCCAGACCUCAACCUUCUUCACCGGCUCCAGCUUCGCCAUCGCCAUGGGCUACACCUCGACCCUCAUCCUCUUAACCCAGACGCCGGCAGGCGCCUCAGCGGUCCACAGCACCGGAAAGCUCUUCCGCCGCGGCCACCAACGCUUCUACGAGACGCAGGACCGGCUCCUCGACUGGAUGUGGUACGGUAGCGCCUCUCCGCAGGCCGUCGAGGGCAUCGAGAGGGUCAACAGGAUCCACGCUGGGGUGUGGAAGAACGCGCCGGGGACAUUUAGUCACCCAUGGGAGGGCCAGAUGUCGCUCAUCGGGUCGGCGUACUUUGAGACGUACCUGAGGGACCUCGUCGGGGCGAGGGUCAGGGACAUACACCCCAAGCUGGCGGCGGCGUGGCCGGCGUGGGCUGAGAGAGUGUGUGCGCACUUUCGAUCGGAACCCGAGGAUGGGUCGAGGAGCUUUGGGGUGAAUUUCCCAAGGGACUGGAAGGAACUCGAGGCUUUUCACAAGUGGUAUCGUGAGCUGCCGUUUGAUAGGUAUACCAGUGAGGAAGAAAGGGUCAAGGGGGCUGUGAUAUCUAAGGGCGUUGUUGAUCAGUUUGCCGAACUGUGGUUUCCAAGGUAUCUCCAAUGGUUCGGCCGACAGCUGUUCCUCACCAUCGUACCACCCAAGGUCCGAGAACAACAGCGCACCGGGCACCCUAACCCUUUGGUGUCCAAGCUUGUCAAGUUGUUCCUCAAGAUACAACUCGACCUGGCUGACAUCAUGCCGGAUCCCGCGAGGCCCAUCUUGAGGGACGAGUACCAUAAGAUCAAGAGUUGGGAAUGGUACAAGAUUGAUGCUCAAGUGGUUGAGAAGCGGAGAAAGCAAGCGUCGCUGAUCAGGAACUUGCUCUUGGGGGUGCUACUGAUACUUAUUGCGAUUGUCCUUAUGAGGGGCUGGGCAGUGGGAGGAAUUGAAGUUGAGGCGCUUAAUGUCGAGAAUGAGUAAGCAGGUAUCUGCUUACGAUUUGCGUGACUUCCAAUACACGUGAAACGGCAACGAUGAACACUCAAGGGGAUAAACUUCACGGUACCGGUCGAAAGGAACGAUAAGAUUGAGACUAAGUUGACGUUGACGGCUCGAGUGGCGUAAACACACGUGUGUAGUUGAGAUAAAGAAGGGCCAUCCCGCACCCUCCUUCGGAAGCGUAGCCGCGAGUAUCCGUAUCAGCAGCGGGUUCCAAGCCGAAAGGUUGCGGUUGGCGUUGCUGUCGCUGGCUGGCAUGCUGCCCACGACGAACGCGUGGGUGUGCGACGGUGCGUGGGUGGGCACGGAUUGCCUUUCGG